AUGAGCUCCAAUCAAGACCCCUCCCAGUUUAAGAAGAAAGAAACACGGGCUGGGACACGUAGAGUAACGUCGCUUACCGCGGAACAACUGGAAAGAAAGCGUGCCAACGACCGUGAGGCCCAGAGGACAAUUCGGCAGCGGACAAAAGAACACAUUGAGCGAUUGGAACUUCAAGUGGCCGAGCUUAGAGCCAAAGGGGACAAAUUUGACGAGGUCGCGCGAAGAAAUGCUCUCUUGGAAACUGAGAUCAGGGCGCUACGGCAUCAGUUAGCCACAUCGACAGGGCAUACAGGAUAUCAAAACUUAGAGGAGCCAUACAGCCAACAACCGGGGCCGAUCAUUCCAUCCCCUCAAUACCCCGAUGCUCUAGACGCGAACUCAACACCCAGGACGCCGUCAGUUCUAUCAACGUCAAGCCAAGUUUCAACUUCGCGUGACUGGCCUCCUUACGCUUCAACUCGUUCUUCUUCAAGAUGCGAAUCAUCGGACACAGAGUACCCAACCAAAGUCGAACCCUGGGCUUUCGACGGGCCUCCCCAGGCGCCUGUGCCAAUGCCUAUUGCACAUUCGCACGUUAGUUACGACCCGCAAAGUAGCGGACAUGUGCCAGAGCCUGCGUUUUCAUCCUAUCAAAUGCUGUACCCCGGACCGAGCGCUAGUCGGGCGGCAGCGGAGGAAUUACCUGCCCACAGUCAACAUUCUCAGGAGGCGUCAUACGAAUCCGCUCGAGUAGCAGUAUCAGCGCCACCAAAUAAUCAAACAACCGCAUACCCUACGCUACAACCGCCCCAUCCACCACAAUUUCAACAAAUGAUGACCCAUCCUUCCCAGCCGCCACGGAGCGGUUAUGAUUACGACUGGGUCCACCGCUCUUGA